AUGACUACACCCACAAGUUGGCUUAUCAGCGGUCUGCUGUUGUGCCUGGCUCUGUCACAGCGUCCGGUCGCAGCUAAGAGUCGUUACAAUAUCAGCUUUGCCCAGUUGGAUACUUGCGAUAGCAUCAACAUUGACACAUCAAGUGGUUAUGCGUAUAAGGAUUUCUUUAUGGUGCACACCUUGGAUAACAAUAAUAUAAAAUCCAAUGAACGUCUUCAUUUGAAAUUCUAUGUGCUGACCAGCAUGGAUGCCCAUAUUUUGCUAUCAGUCACAAGUCAUCCGCGAAACUCGGAUCGCGUAUAUGAAAUUGUGAUUGGAGCCGGCGGAAACACAUUUUCCGCCAUCCGUACAAGCAUGGGAUUGCGACGGGUCUCCACAAAUCAAGAUUCAAACUUGCUAUCAAUUUACGAGCCAACGCCAAUUGAAAUUGUUCAAACAAAGGAUGGUGAUCUGUCGGUUUAUAUACCCGGCUUCAAAACGGAGCCACUGCUCCAUUUUUUAGAUGCCUCGGCGCUGAACAUCAACUACAUAAGUUUCAGUACGUUUGGAUCGAAUAGUGCACGUUGGUUUUACGACUGCGCCUUUGACGGAUACACCAAUGAGAUGGAGCAGGAACAGCGUAAGCAAUCCUUUUCGGAACAGCUGCUGGGCAAUCUUAUUUUCCAGGCACAGAACAGCUCUCUGCCCACCAAUCUGACCGAGAUUAAAUUCAAUUUUCAAAUGCGUUCCCUGGCCUACGAUCAAUCCAGCGCAUUGUUGCACACGCGGAUGCAGCUCGUCUUGCACUGGUAUGAUCCUAGAUUGCACUGGGAGCCGGAAAGCUAUGGUCAAAUAAAGUCAUUUGUGCAUCCACAACUCCAAAUAUGGUUACCACAGAUUAUAGCACUCAAUGCCGCGUUGGAUGGAUUCGGAGAUGUGCUCCGAAACUUCGAGGUGCGAGUUUAUAGCAAUGGCAAUAUCACGGUUAUGGCCAGCAAUUUGGAGUUGAGUACCUGGUGUGUGGAUACGGCUAAAAAUUGGCCCAACGAGCUCAUCAAUUGCAACAUCGAGCUGGGAAUUGAGGAGAAUGGCGGACGCAUUGCUUUAACCUACGAUCAUGAGCAACGCCCUCUGGCGCCCAAUGAGCAUGUAAACACCCCCUCUGGCUGGACAUUCGUAGAAAUCGAGGUCUCGCAUGUGGAUAAUACUACGGCCAUGCGCUAUACGUCCGAGGGUUCGAUUCAGACAAUUUCCGGUGAUGUGUCUAUUGGAUUCACGAUACAAAGAAACAGCAAUUUCUACAGACAUGUCUUCGUCAUGCCCAUAGUUGCCUGUCAGAUCUUUAUAGUUCUAUCGUUUCUGUUACGGGGCUAUCGACGUGGCGCCCUCAUACUCAUUGUUCUAUUGCUGACAGCCUGGGGUCUGAUGUACCUCACCCGGCAUGCAUCGCCGAGCUAUGUGCCACCCAUGAUGUCACACUAUCAGCAUAUUAUGAGUAUUUCCGUCUAUUGUUAUUUGCUCCACAUUGCCAUCAUGUGGCUGGAACGAUAUCCGCCACGCGACAAGCCGGCUAAAUGCGUCAUGGCCAUGAUCAACUGGACACCACUGCGUUUUAUUCUGGGACUUCGAUUUUCCGAUGCAACGGAGUAUUGCGAAAUUCAGGAACAGCCCUGGCGCCAACUUUCCAAGAUGUUGAACAAUGGAAGCUUUAUUGUGAUUAAUAUAUUCUUUAUUGUUCUUAGUGUUUUAGAGCUGUAAAACAUUUAAAGCUUUAUAUAGCUAACCUUUAUCCUCUAUCCACUACAGAGUUAAUGUAUAAAAGUUUGUGACAAUUAAACAGACACUAAACGUUUUAAUAAUAU